AUCAAAUGCAUUAACUCUCCGGAAUGGUCAGAUUUCCACUUGGACAUGUUGUCCUUCCCGAGAUUUUGCAUUAACCCUCCGGAAUGGCCAGUUAUGUACUUGGAUGCCUUGCCGAAAUUUAAGACAAUCGUCGAAUCAAUGCUCAUCUACAAGUGUGAUUUACCGACUAACAACAGUUUAGGCGAAAUCACGCAAACGCUAGGAAUCACCCGCGUGAAAAAGCUGGUCUUUCAAUCGUACAAGAAUUUGAGCUUCGCCCUGGUCAAGCAUCAUUUGGAUGACCUUAAAAAUUUGAAGUCUCUGUCCUUACCGAACAACAAUUUGUCCUACGCAGAUAAAGAUCUAUUAGCUGGUCUAGUCAACUUAACCGACCUCAACUUGCGCGACAACAAUUUACACCAAGUCACAGGAUUUUUCAACUACACUCCCGGACUGCAGUUUCUCGAAUUGGGCGACAAUGCUCUGCAAUCGAUAGAACCAGGCACAUUCGACAAUCUGAAAAAUCUGUUAAUUCUCAAAUUAUCG